CUGAGAUAGAGAGGAAUAGAUCUGAGGAGGGGCUGCCAAGGGCAAUACAUGGGGUUAUAAAAACAUAGAUAGUACAGAGAAAAGUUGGCUAGAAGAGCAGAGAGGAGAGGAGGAUGGCGGAGAUGUGUGACCCCAAGGAGCCAGAAGAGAAGGAGCUAUUUGAGGGCCAGAGAUUGGCUGAGAAAGACCUUGGGUUAUCCAGGAGAUUAAGAAACUUACCAGGGUGUCUGACCCGGGCCCCUCUGCCUCUGAUGCUGCUUUUCAUCUCUUUGGGUCUCUUCAUGCUCCUGCUAACCACCCUGGUUCAAGUUUCCAGGAUCCAACAAUCCCUGCCGAGAGAGACAGGCCAUCAGGAGAGCCGCAGCCCGGUGGUCCUUUUGCAGGAGCAGACACAAUCAGAUCUGGAGAAGAUCCGCCAGCAGCUGACCUGGAUGAAUGCCACCCUGGCUGGCCUGUGCCGGCCCUGCCCCUGGGAUUGGACCCUCUUCCAGGGAAGCUGCUAUAUCUUCUCCCAGACCCAGAGCACUUGGAAAGCUGCUGUCUCUGCCUGUGAGGACAUUAGGGCCCAGCUGGUGGUCAUCAACAAUGCUGAGGAGCAGAAGUUCCUGAAGUUUUGGGAUAUCAGAAAUAAUAAGCGCAUCUGGAUCGGCCUCAGUGACCAACACAAUGAGACUUUCUGGCAAUGGGUGGACAAGAGCCCCCUCACACUCAGCUUCUGGAUAGAAGGGGAACCUAACAAUAUUGGAGAUGAAGACUGUGUGGAAUUGUCCACCGAUGGCUGGAAUGAUAACAAAUGUAGUGCAGAAGACUUCUGGAUCUGUGAGAAACCAUCAGCUCCCUGCCCUGGUCUGUGAGGGACACUGUCAGCCCUUCCCACCCCGCCAGGGAUCAGGCAGUUUGGGCAUGCGCUUUGCUAGCUUCUCUCUGGCCCCACCUCCUUCUCUUUUUCCUCCUCCUGAACUGAGGUUUUUGAGAUCCUGAGAUUCUGAGACCUCCUUCUCCUGUAAGACCCAUCCCGCCAUAGGCUAUCAACCAUCUGUCUUCUAUUGAUGAUCUCAGUGCCCCUACUCGGCCCCCAUGAUGUCCCCUUAAUAAAGUCACAUAUUGCAUUAUGCCUACUACUGAACUUAUUGUUUAUUCCUUUGCCACUGUUUCAAUUACUACAGUUUUAUAAUGGGGUUGAUAUACACUAGGAUAUGUUUCCUUUCAAUGUUUCUCUCCACUGCUGUGCAUUUUACUUCCCAGAGAGUUUUGAAUCAGUUUGUAAUUUUAGCUGGGAGUGUACAUAUGUAUGUAUGUUUGUCCAUUCAUUCAUGAACCAAUUAUUUAUUCAGGUGCCUUUAAAAUGUCC